UUUAAUAUUUUCACAGGGAGUCUAAGGGUUGUCAUAUUGAAAAAAGAAAGGAGAAAAAUACACCUAUUACCACAUUCAAAUAUAUUAAAAAAGACAAACCCAACCAAUUGCACCACAACCGGAUGGAGGAACCCAGCUGACACACCAAGACAAGUCUGUGUGUAGGGAAGCUUGGGGAUCAGCUCCUUUUACUUCAGGAGAGCCUGAACUCAAUUAGUGCAAUUUUUAAAGCAUGGCCUGAAUGAUUCAGUGGAUAUCACGUCAAACUACAAAUGUGAAAGGCUGAUAGCACUGCCAAAUAGGUCAGCGGACUCUCCAAUCUGACUUUCUGGUGGCCAUUAUCACCUGUCUUGGUUUUGUUUGGUUACUUUGCUGUCCUGUGCAAAUGUUGCGAGUCUACCUAACCAGGAAACAUCUGAGGACAUAAAAACUACACUCAAGGAACAUGUCCUUUUAGCACCUUCAUUUUUUGAUCCCUACAGAAGAGAUUGACGAUGAUGACAACUUCAGUCAGCAGCUGGUCUUACUCCUCCAAAGGAGUGUACUUUAAUUAUAGCGUCCAAUCGCCACACAACUUCUCAGGAGCAUCAAAUUUUACUGCCUGCUCCAUGGAUGAAAAAUUACUCUCCAGUGUGUUAAUAACAUUCUACUCUGUUAUCUUCAUCAUGGGGCUGGUUGGAAACAUAAUUGCCCUCUAUGUAUUCCUGGGUAUCCACCGCAAAAGAAAUUCCAUUCAGAUUUACCUACUCAAUGUAGCCAUUGCAGACCUCUUACUUAUCUUCUGCCUCCCUUUCAGAAUAAUGUAUCACAUUAAUCAAAACAAGUGGACACUAGGUGUGAUUCUUUGCAAGGUUGUGGGAACACUAUUUUAUAUGAACAUGUAUAUUAGCAUUAUUUUGCUUGGAUUCAUCAGUUUGGAUCGUUACAUCAAAAUUAAUCGGUCUAUCCAACAACGGAAGGCAAUAACAACCAAGCAGAGUAUUUAUGUUUGCUGUAUAGUAUGGAUAGUUGCUCUUGCUGGAUUUUUAACUAUGAUUAUUUUAACCCUUAAGAAAGGAGGUCAUAAUUCCACGAUGUGCUUCCAUUACAGAGAUAAGCUCAAUGCAAAAGGAGAAGCAAUUUUUAACUAUGUUCUUGUGGUAAUGUUCUGGCUAAUUUUCCUACUAAUCAUCCUUUCAUAUAUUAAGAUUGGCAAGAAUCUAUUGAGGAUUUCUAAAAGGAGGUCAAAAUUUCCGAAUUCUGGUAAAUAUGCCACUACUGCCCGGAAUUCCUUCAUUGUGCUUAUCAUUUUUACUGUAUGUUUUGUUCCCUACCAUGCCUUCCGAUUUGUCUAUAUUUCUUCACAGCUAAAUGUGUCGUCUUGCUAUUGGAAGGAAAUCGUUCACAAAACCAAUGAGAUCAUGCUGGUUUUCUCAUCUUUUAACAGCUGUUUAGAUCCAGUCAUGUAUUUCCUGAUGUCCAGUAAUAUUCGCAAGAUAAUGUGCCAGCUUCUUUCUAGACGAUUUCAAGGGGAAGCGAGCAGGAGUGAAAGUACUUCAGAAUUUAAACCAGGAUACUCCCUACAUGAUACAUCUGCCGUGGCUAAAAUUCAGACUACUUCUUAAAGCGCUUAUGUUGAACGUAUGAAAAAGUGAUAAAAUGCAGCCUAAUUCCCUGAAGAACAAAAAAUCAUGAAACAAAGCUCAGGUCUUCCUGAAGUUCUUUGCUUAUCUGUGAUAUUUCAUUUGCUUAAUUGUAAUAUAUUUCAAGAGUAAGCUCACUGUCAUCAUUAGAGUACAUCUGUAUAUAAAAUCUUUUACAAAUAUAUUGUUAGGCUAAUGCUGUUAACAUAGAUUAUAAAAUUAACUGAAAUUUAUGGUUUUGACUAUAGAAUAAUGAAAGAAAAUGUCAUAGUUUCUCAAGUCACUAAAGUAAUUAUUCAAAAUCAAGUACCUAAUACUAAUUUAAAGUGUGUUUAACAGUUAACUGAUUUCAGGACUGACUUAGAACGUCAGAAAAUAUAUGUUCAUUGUCAUUUGAAAAGCUUGUAUAAUUUGCCACUGUAUUCAUUUAUGUCUAAGCCUAUCAACAGAUAAAAUGAUAAUUAAUAAAAUUCUAACAAAUCUGAAAUCAA